AUGUCUAAUAUACAUAAAUUGAAGGUUGGGAUAGAUUUUGGGACUACGUUCUCAGGAGUCGCUUGGAACUUCACAGGGGCUCAAGAGGACGUUAUAAUCAUCCGAGAUUGGCCAGGGCAUCGGAGGCUUCAGGCAAUUCGAUCAUCAGAUAAAGUACCCAGUGAGAUCUCGUAUGACAGCUCGGGAGAGAUAUCCAAAUGGGGGUUCCAAAUUAAGACUGGGGAAGAAAGACUUGCCUGGAUUAAGCUUCUCCUUGAGCCGACAAAGUACAUUUCGAACAAUGGGACGAUCAAUUCUACCAGGAGUUUAAUUUUGGAUCGGAAUACAAAAGAGCCAGUAGAUGUGGUAGCGGAUUAUUUAACAUGUUUGAGAAAACAUGCUAUUCACUGUAUACAGACCACCUACGGGAAAGCAUUCCUUGAUGCGACACCCAUCGAUUAUAUCUUGACCGUUCCAGCUAUUUGGACUGAUAAUGCAAAAGAAUUGACUCUACGAGCAGCGGAGACUGCGGGAUUUGGGGAUAGAACUAAACUCCAACUCGUGUCGGAGCCUGAUGCCGCUGCAGCGUGGACUCUUCUGAGAGACCUGAAAAGUAAUGGCCUUCAGAUCAAUGACGCGUUCGUUAUUGUGGACUGUGGUGGUGGUACCGUCGACCUUAUUUCAUAUCAGGUCACAGAAACAAGUCCAAAUAUCACAGUGAAGGAGUGUGCAGCAGGUACUGGAGGUUUAUGUGGCUCAACCUUUCUCAACGGAAACUUCGAGAAAAUGGUUCGGUCCCGCCUAGGAGAAAGAUACGAUACAAUGAGUACUCGCAAACGGAAUGAAAUAAUGAAGAAGUUUGAGGAAGAGCUGAAGCGGGGCUUCACGGACUCAGAGGAUGACGAUGAGCUAUAUUGCCCUGUUGGUGGAAUUCCGGAUGAUCCUAUCGCCGGAAUUGAUGGCGGUGAUCUUGUUAUUAGUAGGGAAGAGAUGAAAGCAAUCUUUGACCCUGUUAUUGAUAAGAUUAUUCCCCUCGUUAAAAGUCAGGUUAGGAAUGUUGAAGCAAAAGCAUCUUUAAGACUCACGUCUGUACUCCUUGUUGGGGGCUUCGGAAGCUCUAAAUAUCUAUUAAAACGGCUUGAAAACGAAGUGAGAAAGGCCGACAGGUCACCAAUAGAGAUCAUUCAGCCGGCCAACGCAUGGAGCGCCGUCGCUCGGGGUGCCGCAAUUGGUAUUCGUAUCUCGACUCGUACAUCACGUCGACAUUACGGAACUAUGAGAUGUUCGGAUACAAUGGCAUGGUUUAUCAAUGAGGGCGACGAAGUCUCAGAAGAGAAACCAAUCUCCCUUCCGUUUGUUUAUAUAACGCGAAUAGGAGGUAUGCAUAUGAACUUCGCUACUGAACUCUACGUUGCUGAGAUGGGACCGGCUCCUCCAUACUUGAAUUCACCAAUCAAUCCUGCGAGAAUCUUGUGCAACUUAGAAUCAGACUUGAGCAUGAUCCCCCCAAGCGAGUUCACUAAAAAGAUGGGGUUGAAUUCGCAGGUAUAUUACGAAAUCCACGUGGAUUACGUCCUGACGAUGAAGUCAGCAAUGAUCUUGACCUUUGACCAGAUGUUUAAAGGGAAGCGUUAUGGGAGUGCUACAGCGAAGUAUUCACUUGUCUAA